AUGACUAGCCAUCAACCGCACCCUCAGGAUGAGGAGCAGAGACCACAGCAGAGCACCUCAGGGUACCCCUUCCAGGAGGUGGUGGAUGAUGAAGUGUCAAGACCAUCAUCCCCUGGGGUAUAUCCCAGACCCCCAUGUAGGUCACUUUGCUGGAAAAGGAAGAGGGAGUGGUCGGACGAAUCUGAGGAGUCAUCGUCGGAGGAGCCAGAGAAGGAGCUCGCCCCUGAGCCUGAGGAGACCUCCGUGGUGGAGACGCUGCGUGGGCUCAAAAUGAAGCUGAAGCUGAAGCAACGACUAGUGUCAUUCGUGCUCCCUGAGCACCACGAGGACUUCAACAGGCUGCUUGCCCCUGGGGUAGUUCCCAGCCCCCUGCAUAGGUCCCUUUGCUGGAAAAGGAAGAGGGAGUGGUCGGACGAAUCUGAGGAGUCGUCCGAGGAGGAGCCAGAGAAGGAGCUCGCCCCUGAGCCUGAGGAGACCAGGGUGGCGGAGACGCUGUGUGGGCUCAAGAUGAAGCUGAAGCGACGGCGAGUGUCACCCGUGCUCCCUGAGCACCACGAGACUUUCAAUAGGCUGCUAGAAGAUCCUGUCGUUAAAAGAUUCCUCGCCUGGGACAAAGAUUUGAGGUUGUCGGACAAGUAUCUCCUGGCCAUGGUCAUAGUGUAUUUUAGCCGCGCUGGCCUCUUCUCCUGGCAAUACCAACACAGUCAUUUCUUCCUGGCUCUCUACCUGGCCAAUGACAUGGAGGAGGACGAGUCCUCCAAACGAAACAUCUUCUACUUCCUGUACGGGAAGAACCGCUCCCAGAUACCCUUGUUCCAUAAGCUUCGGUUCCAGUUCUUCCAUUCCAUGAGCUGGAGGGCUUGGGUUUCCCUGAAGCAGUUGGAAGAGAUCCAGGCUUAUGACCCAGAGCACUAGGUGUGGGCAUGAGAUCGCGCCGCCUUUCCUAGAGCUCCAGGGACCGUGGAGGCCUGAGGUCAUCGGCCUGAGGGAAGAACACCAGACCCAGGGGAGAUGUGGAUUUUCAGCAGGAACUUUAUUCCAAUGCUAAUGGCGGACACCAGGAAGGAGGAGAGGAGCCAUUUGUGCAGAUCAUCUAGAAGAACCUGGACUGUUCCAGACAGAACUGAAUAGAGUGAUCACGUUGUCCUCCCAGGACCAGGGGGGUACUUCUGUGUCUGGAAUUGGUGGGUUCUUGGUCUCACCGACUUCAAGAAUGAAGCUGUGGACCCUCACGGUGUUACAGUUCUUAAAGGUGGCCUGUCCGGAG